AUGCUGCUUGGUUCCAUAUUAUUAAUAUUGCUCAUAGAGUUUAAUGCAGCACGACCCACUAACACAUGCAAUAUAACGACUGAAUUCAAUUGUGGAAUAGGAAAACAACAAUGUAUACCCGUGGAAUGGGUUUGCGAUAAUGUACCAGACUGCGAAAAUGGGAAUGAUGAAUCGCACUGCGUCUAUCCGCAUCAUUGUGCUCAAGGUUUCAUGAUGUGCAAGACUGGAAUGUGUGUUUCCCAAGAAUUUAAAUGCGACAAAGAGGUGGAUUGUACAGAUGCUUCCGAUGAACUUCACUGCGAAUAUCGGGACAGCAAGAAGGAAACUGACGAACUUUAUCACUUUUCGCUUGCUCCCCUCCAAACUCAGGAAUGUCACUUGCCACGAUUCUCGUGCAAUAGCGGUCAAUGCAUUUCCGGAGAUCUGGUUUGUGACGGAACUAAGGAUUGUAAUGGUGGCGACGAUGAAGAAAACUGCAGAGGACCAGAAAGUAGAAACAAUAAAUGGUUGAAAAAUAAUAAUACAAUUGAUGGAACUCCGGACAAACUCAUUGCCGAACAUUGCCGUCCUGGUUACACCAUGUGCGCAACUGGCGGUGUUUGCAUCCCAGAUAGUUUUGUGUGCGACGGAUCGGCUGACUGUGAAGACUCCAGCGAUGAAAUGGAAUGCCAAAUGAUGAUUCCUGAUGAGGAGCAAUUCAUCAACGGGCAUGCCGAGAUUAUUGCGAGAUGCACGGCCGAAGGAAAAUUCCAUUGUAGUACUGAGUUUAAUACUGCUCCUGUCUGCAUCCCAGUCAAUGCUACUUGCAACGGAAUAAAGGAUUGUCCGAAUGGCGAUGACGAAACAGCUUUAUGUACAGAAUGCUCCCGAAAGCGCUGCGAUCACACUUGUUUGAAUUCGCCAUUUGGAGCUAAAUGCAUUUGCCAGGAAGGUUAUCGUCUUGAAGGGGAUGGACUUACUUGCACAGACGAAGAUGAAUGCCUCACACAUGGAAACAAGUGCCAACAUUUCUGUGAAGACAAAAUUGGAACGUACUCCUGCCAAUGCGCUGUUGGAUAUCGACUUGACGAGGAUGGACAUUCGUGCAGACUUGAUGAUAAACACGCCGACGGUGUUCUUUUUAUCUCUCUGGGAACCGAAAUUCGCAAGAUGUCUCUUCUUGGAACCACGUCCGAGGCGUACGCCUCAGUUCAACGCAUUGGAGGGCAUGGAACAAGUCGAUCGAUCGAUUUUAUGCAUUCGAACAACAAGCUUUUCUUGAGUGCAGUUACACAUCAUAAGGGAAAAGCUCCAGAAGGCGAACUCGCGGUUUCCGAUAACGGACUUCUGAGAGUCUUGCGCGAAAACGUUGUCGGAGUCGGUCACGUUGCAGUUGACUGGGUCGGCGGAAACAUCUUCUUCACUCAACGAGCUCCUGCUUUGACUAUCGGGAUCAGUGUUUGCACUAUGAAUGGAAUGUUCUGCCGCUGGUUGAUUAAAGGACAAAGUAGCCCAUCGGAAGACCCAUUUGCUCCAAAAGCGCAUCAAAACUAUCACGGCUUGGUGGUGCAUCCAGCACGUGGCCAAAUAAUUUGGGUCGACUCUUUCAAGGAUAUUCAUAGAAUUAUGAGUUCGAGAAUGGACGGAACCGAGAUUCGCAUAAUUGUUGAUAAGAAGCUUUCUAGUCCGCAUGGAUUGGCAAUUGACAGAAUUCGUAAUGAUAUUUACUUCGGAGACCAUCAAAUGCAUCACAUUGAAAGAAUUAAUUUGGACACAAAAGAGAGACACAUUGUGGUCUCAAAUGAAGUUAACAAGCCGUUUGGAAUCGCUUACUUCAAUGGAUACAUUUACUGGAGCGACUGGGGAACUGAUUCGUUGAAGGUUCUUGAGCUUAACAACCACCAAUCAACGCCGCAUACUCUCCACGUGUUCAGUCGUUUCCCUUAUGGAGUGACCAUCAAUCACACAAUGUAUCAGCCAAUUCCUCUCGACAAUCCAUGCCUUGAAAUGGAAUGCCCAUGGAUUUGCGUUCCAAUUCCUGCCGAUCAAGGAAAAGUUGCUGGAAAAUGCGUCUGUCCCGAUGGAUACAAAUAUUCGAUUGUCGAGGAUUCGUGCAUUCCUCCAACUGAAGAAGAGAAGAAGGAGAUUGAAGGAUACACUCAUAUCGGCGCUGCUCUCAUGAAGGAGUAUUGUGACGCUGGAAUGGCUUGUCUGAACGGCGGAAGCUGCAAGGAUGUUCACAACGAGCAUGGCAGGCCGCACCAAGUUAGCUGUGAAUGCCAAGAUCCAUUCGAGGGCGAGUUCUGCGAGAGGCUAAACCCGGAGAAGAUGCGAAUGAUGGAAGAAAAGAUACCCGCAUCGCUUAUCGGGUUCCUCAUCGUUUUGAUCUUGGCAUUUUUGGCAAUUGGAGCGUUUGCAUUCUGUCUUCUUAGGAAGCCCGAAGUCGCGAAUGAAGUUGUCACAAAUGCUCGAAUCAAGGUUGAUAACAUGACUCGCAAGGCGGAAGCGGUCAGCCAGCCCUACAUUGAUCGACUGAAGGCGCUCAUCGGACAACCAAGUCCACAACGUGAAGGAAUCCGAUCAGCAGGAAACGUAAACUUUAUGAACGAGGGAGAAGAUGUUGAUGAGCCAACGAACCGCUACGUAGAAGCAAGAAGAGCUGCACAGCUGGAAUCGCCGAACUCCUACCGUAAUCCAUUGUUCGACGAGCCGCCUCAAACGUACCAACCAGUUGGACGUUCAUCGCCAAUUGCUGGAGUGCUGAAUUUUCAAAACGACAGUCUUUUAUAA